CUUCAGUCGUCCGCUCGCUCCUCGUCGAGCUCCACCUCUCUGCUUCAGCCCGUCGCGGUGCUUGUGCCGUCCAUUCUUUGCUACGCUCCGGAAUGCAGUACGCCUGCUCCAGCGCCUGAUUGAGCCCCUCUCCUCCCACCGUCUAUACUCGUGCAGCUCGCGAUCCCUGGUUCACCGGCACCCUGACAUGCCAUAAUGCUCGACAAGUCGUCACAAGCGCCUCGACGAGUGACCUUUCCCCGGCGGCUUGGUUUCCAACGAGAAUGAAAACUGUUCCAACGCUCUGUGCCACUGCCGCUGUCGUUGGUACAUCCUCUGUCGGCCUGGCCUUUGGACGGGAGGCCCCCUUCGACCCGUCGCACCCCAAUAGAAAAAAGGCCACCCCAGCAUACGAGCCGAGUCUUAAUCCAAUGUCGACCGCUGCCAUGACCACGACUGCGCCUCCCUUUAGCGGUCCCGUACCCGUCGUUCCUGCCUCGCGCAUGCCGUUUGCGACUCGACUCAGUCAGGAUGGCCGUUCACAGCUGCGGAUCGUGAGGAGGAAGACGAGCGACGAUGCAGCGCUGCAGUUGCCGACGAGUGCGACGAGUGCAAACUACCCUUCAAGUGACCAGAGUGUGUCCGACGUAGACACAGCCAGAUACGUGCCGUCACGGCGAGCCUCGUGGAUCAAACGCCUCUCCUCCAUAUCCAACUCGUCGAGCAGGAACACCAGCCCGUCUCCGCUGUCGCCCGCCGUGUCGUGCUCCAAUGGCUCCAUGGCCUUCUCCCUCGAAGGCUCGACGGCGCCCAUAGCCGGCCAGCGCUCUUCUUCACCUGUAUCACCGAACAAGCUGGUGAAGCGAUCCUCGUCAGUGCGCGGGCCUCGUGAAGAGCCCAGAACGAGCACCUCCACCCUGCGACCGUCCUUCCGUCGUCCGGCCACCAGUCACCAACGCAACGCAACGCUGCAGAACUACGGCGCGCGGCUGUCCAUGACGGCCGAGCACACUUCCAUGGACGAGCAUCAGCAUUCCGCAAGUACCGACAGCGAGGCCGAAUACACCCAAUUCUUCACAGCGAGAAUCAUGAAGGAGCGGUCACUGACGAGGCGGAGAGGCUCCGUGGCAUAUGCGAACGGAUUCAAGAGGAUAUUUCCGGACGACAAGCACAAGCCCAUGCUGGUGCUCGCGAGAUCGGUCGUAGCAAGCACAGAAGACGUAGAUGACUCCACAAGCGACGACGGUGAAAGCGUUUUCUAUGUAAGUCGACCAGAGACGCCGCUUAGCAUGACAGCCAUGUUUGCCUCCAGGGAAGCAAACCAAACUCGUGGCCGGCCCUCCACAUCCCAGCCCGAGAAUGCCCCUCGACCCAGGCGCUCCUUCUCCAUCACUUCCUUCCUGUCGUCCAAGAAGGAGCGAGCAGGCGCCAUGUCCAGACCCAGACUUUCCCGCCGUGCGAGCCAGCGGGUCAACUCAGCACCCAUGCUGCCUACUAUGAGCAGACGGCCACACAGCACCUCAUAUGGAGAAGGCCGCCGCGAUUUGACGGAUCCUAAACCAGCAAAGCGCGACAUCGCCACGUCCGCCGGGCUCCCCGAGUCAGCGACGGCACGCAAUGCUUCUCACACCAGGCGUCUGUCGUCGCCCUUGCCGGCGCUUCCUCCCUCUGACAUGCUCGCUGGCGUGGGCUUGGCGCCCUUGUCUCAGCAGCCCGAAGAUUUGGCCUCAGCCGCACCGGGCGCCAAUCAGACGCCACCAUCCCCUACUCUAGCGCAAUCGGGAGUUCGGGUCUCGCGUCAUUCCAUGGCCCCCUCAGAACAGGCCUCGACAUUGGUCGGCUCGUCUGAUAAUGAACUUCGCGCCUUAGGCUCCGGCGACGAGGACGACGCUGACGUCCAGAGCGACACCGUCUUUGAUUCGCUGCGCACUGGUGCGACCAGAAGCACAACUGGCGGCGCCCGUGGGCCUCGCAUUGAGACCAUAUUCGACGAGUCACCCCCCGCCAAAGUCAAGGUCAAGGUCACAGCCCUACGCGAUCUACUGCCGCCCGGCGCUUUUGGGGAGCCCACCGUCAAUGGUGUCGCCGGCCACCAGAGCAUCGCCGAGGAAGAGGAGAGCAUCUCGACGCCCGUGCGGACAGUUCGUCCCCAGCGCUCAUCGCAGGACUCGCCCACCUUCUCCCGUACACACAGUGCGCCUCUCUUUCCCAAGACGAUAACGUCGUCUCCCCCAAGCAUGCCCAAGCCGCUUUCGCUUGGCACAUUGGAAUGGGACUCGCGAGCAGGGGACGACGACGAUAGCAUCAACCACAAGGCCACACCCGUGUCGCUUCUGCGACAGCACAAGCAUCUGCUCGCGCCCGAUUACGUUCCUAACCCAGCUACGCCCAAGCGUCCCACAUCAGAAUUCGGCGACAAGGACGCGCGAAGCAGCAUCUUCGAUUGGUCUGAACAGCAGAUCGCAGACAAGAACUCAGGCAGCUGCACGCCGCCACGGCCCCGGACGGUGCACGGAAAGAAGGAUGCGGACCGCAGAGGCAGUCGCUCUGUUGGACGCAGAGUCCCCAGCGGGUUGCACGCCCGCAGCCAGAGUGUGCCCGUAGUUCCGGAUCUGACUGGCAAGCGUAGCACAGUGGUCACAAACAAGUUUGGCACCUGGGGUGUGGGAAGCAAAGGUGUCACCGAAGACUGGAACGACGACUUCGACUUUUCUGAACUUACUGAGGAGCCUGCUGCAGAGGACGGAAGUUCGCCUAUGGGGAACAGUGGCUCGUCUAUGGUGGUACCAAAGACUAUACAAGAACAGCAGAACAACGUCCUUGCAAACAUCAGUCUGCUACGCGAAUGGGGUCUACUAAUCGAGGAACUCAAAGAGCAAAGAGUACGCGCGCUUGCGCUCGGCAUGAUACAAGGCCCACCUUCGGGCAUGUGGCUUGAAGUGGAUGCGAUGAUCGAGCUUGCAGACCAGGAGGCCGACCACGAGGGUCUGGCUCACGCCUCUCCGCCCUCAUCGCCUGGCUUCGACGACGACGCUUUUGACGAACCACCAGCCAGUCCUAGCCUUGGACGAGGAAGGCAGAAGUCAUCAUCUCCUAACGAAGAUAGCCCCAAGCCACCACAGUCAGCGCGCCCUCUGAGGAAGUCGAUUCUUCCUUCCAGCAACGGCAUCUUUACCCCGCAAUCUUCACCGAUCACACCUAGACUCGAAUCAGACGCCACACCUGCAACACACGAAUCCAAGACUAUCGUUACGAGACCCCGGAAAGACUCUGAAGCUAAAGCGCGUUCUGUCAUCGAAGCGCUGCAAAAGAGGAGGAGCGCAUACGAGCCGUUCCUGGAUGCGCCUCCCGUACCUUCGACACCUUCGAAGAAGGUUCCAUUCGACACCGCGACUCUGCGACGCAUCGUGCCAUACGUGAGUACGUUGACUCGCAAAGUCAAAGACACGAUCAGGGAUGCGGAGGGCUUGUACUCGAGUCCUAUCGCAAGCCCACUAAACGAGGAGCCACCAUUCAGCAUGAUUCACCAACAAGAUGCGGAUCUUGCGGCUCAGAUGAAACUCAUGACGGUGAUGUAAAUUCACAGGAAACAACGACGCGAUGGAGCUGUUACGAGUAUGUUUGGGGAAGCAUUCAACUCGCUCCGUGCUGGCCACACGCAUCUGGUCAAAAGUUUGAGGAGAGAAACAA